AAUUCACGGAUUUUCGAAACAUAGCAGAUCAUUUUCGGUCUUCAAAGUAAUUUAUUGUCUUAUCAUGUAUCUGUUGUUUGGUAUACAAGUAAACAAAAUGCAAUCCAGUUACAGAAAUAUCGAAAGAUCUCCUUAAAAAAAUUCUUGUUCGAUGUUGGCAAUAGGGAGUUUGUGAACUCUCAAACGUUGAAGCACUAUAGAUCUAUUCAUGAGCAGUUCACAUUUUGGGUAACUUAAGUGGAUGUGCGCAUGCGCAUUAGAUCGAUUAGAGUGCUGCCACUGUGGCGUGCACAAACUUCCUCUUAGUAUGGACUCACUUCUGGGCUAUGGAAUUUGCAGUUCACUUAUAGUGAAUUUCACAACCAUCCCCGUCUUAUCCAAGGUUAUAACUUCCUUGGUCUGAUCCCACCGGUCGGCAGCUCGUACUCUUUGAUAUUAUAUACGCGAUACGAUACGCAUUAUCAUUCUCUGUUCUUCACUGAUCAUUCAAUUCCAGAGAGUAUCAAUUCUCUCGCGAUUGGGACACGCUUGUUUGUAGGUUAUGUUCGUCGUGUGCGGUAAAAAAGAACACUGAUCUUGCAGUGAUAGAAUCUGGAAUUGGAACUUGUGAACGUCAUUUGGAAAGUUAACAAGAAACCGUGGAUAAAUUCUUUACUGUAGUCUUGAUACUAAAAAGAUUUUUAAAACAGCCAAAAUAUUUCUCAUUAUUGGUAGUAAGGAAAUAUUUUGUGACGUAGAGUAAAUCAUUCGUUUCAACAGAUUCGAAGCUGCUGUUAAUCAUACCAGCAAAUUAAUGCCCAUACGCUUCUACAAUGUUUAAAAAGUUUGAAGAAAAGGAAAGUGUUUCAGGAGUACAGCAGUUAAAGUCUUCAGUUCAAAAAGGAAUUCGUUCUAAACUUCAGGAGCAGUAUCCAUAUCUUGAAAAUUAUGUCGACAGCAUACUGCCCAAAAAAGAUGCGUACCGCAUAGUGAAAUGCCAUGAUCAUAUUGAAAUAUUGGUAAAUGGGUCGGGUGAACUACUGUUCUUCAGGCAUAGAGAAGGUCCAUGGAUUCCUACUUUAAGAUUGUUGCACAAAUAUCCAUUCUUUCUACCUUGGGAACAAGUAGAUAAAGGUGCUAUUCGCUUCGUUCUUAGUGGUGCCAAUAUCAUGUGUCCUGGCUUGACAUCACCUGGUGCAAAAAUGACCACUGUUCCAAAAGGAACUGUUGUUGCUGUGAUGGCAGAAGGAAAACAGCAUGCAUUAGCUGUUGGUGUAACUUCAUUAUCAACUGAAGAUAUAGCGAAAAUUAAUAAAGGAGUGGGAAUUGAAAACUAUCAUUAUCUUAAUGAUGGUUUGUGGCAAAUGAAGCCAGUUAAGUAAUGAUAAUGCCAAAAGAAGACGGUUAAACAAAAAGGGCAGGUUGUUGACGGAAAAAUCUUGCAAAUAAGUUACAUUAUUUGCUUUGCAUUUCAUUCAAAAGAAGUACAUGUUGUAAGCUUGUCUUGGUUUAUCACUAUUACCAUUGGAAAUAUCUGUUGAACAAUUUUAGCAUAAAACAAUUCAGCUAACAAACUUUUGUGUAGAUCUGAAUUUCAAUUGCAAGCUUCCAUGCACAUUUAAACUACAAUAACGUUGGAGUAAAUAUUUUUAUGUAUUCUUUCAGUUAAUUUAUGCAGGAAAAUAAACUUCAACAUAAAUAAAAUCCUUUGAUCAAUUUUUAACACUAGAAAAAUCAAUACCAUUUUUCAUGUUUUGUCAAAUGUUUAUCCCACAGGUAUUUAUCCACAAUCCUAAUUUCCUUGAUUUUCUUUUGUUAGUUGAGAAUGCUAGUGGCCUCAGAUACUGUCACCCAGAAAUGUAAUGAUAAUUUUACCCCUAUUUUAGUUAUCGUACCCACUCCUGUGAUAUGCCAUUAAAUAAUCAGAUAUGGUUUUACUAUUGGGACUAUUCUUUUACUUUUGGAAUUGCUUCCACAAUCCAAUCUCGAAUUUUCAGUAGUUAAAUCCAUGUGUAAGAUGCCUUUCAGCUAUAACUUCAUACAAUUCAUCAGAAGUAAUGUCUAUUAGUGUUGCCAGAGAUGGUUGAAUAAUACAGGUGACAAGGAGAUAAUGUCCAUGUGUCAGAAUACAUGAAAUAUUAAAUAUAAUUUCAUCUUACCCAGAAAUACAAUAACGUUUGCAAAUAAGGAUUCUUAUAUUAUAAGAGUUUGCAUGUAAGCAAAGCAGGGUAAUAAUAGCAAGGGAAAGGAAUAUAUCUCUUUUACAAAAUUGCAGGAUCUCAAAAUUAUUAAUACUAUGCAUGUAAUGAGAAUUUUAAAAAUAAAUAAACAGCAAUAGUUUAGAAAUGUCUUGUUGGAUUUUUAGCAAAACUACUCGUAAUGAAAAGUA